AUGCCACCAACCAACUGGCCACCGACCCUCCAAUAUCUUACUGCUUGCAAAUAUCAUUUAUCAGUCAAUGCUUCUACGCACAAAUUCAUAGCACGAGGACAACCCGACGCGUCAAUUGAUGGCGGCAAGCCUUCCAAGGUCCUCAUUCAGCCCAUUAAAAACACAAGCCAUCCAGCCUUCGGUCAACUUGGUUUGUUUGCUGCGAAAAAGAUUCCACCGAAACGACACAUUGUGGACUAUAUAGGCGAGGUCCAUUGUGACGAGCGUCCGGAUUCCGAUUACGAUCUGUCUCUCUAUCGCAGCAACGAAAUCGCAGUUGGCGUCGAUGCAAGUAGGAUGGGCAACGAAGCAAGAUUUGUGAAUGAUUUUCGUGGCAUUGACGAUAGGCCGAACGCAGUCUUCGUUGAAUAUAGAACAAGCACUGGGGAGCUUCGGGUUAAGAUUGAGAGCAGUCGUGCAAUAAAAGCUGGUGAAGAGCUCGCUCGGAAACAUCACCCCGACACGAGUACCGACAAGGGCGCACAAGACAAGUUUGUCGAGAUACAGUCCGCGUAUGACAUUCUGAAAGAUGAUGAGAAACGAAAAGUUUAUGAUCAGUUUGGCUCGACGUCGCAAGAGCCUGGAUUUGAUCCAAAUGCGUUCUCCGGCUUCGGAGGAGGCAAUUUCUCCGGAUUCCACAAUUUCGGAGCGUCAUUUAGCAGGGGCGAAACGGCGGACCUCUUCAGUCAGCUAUUUCAAGGUCUCGGUGGGAGCAGUCGUUCCGGGUUCCAGUCGUCUCGAGGGAGUGAUCUGGAAGCUUCUGUACGAAUCACCUUCCUUGAAGCUUGCAAAGGCACAUCUCGCAAAAUCAACAUCACCCCUGUUGUCGACUGUACUCCCUGUUCCGGAAACGGAUUGAAGCCUGGCGCCAAACGGACCACUUGUACAACCUGCAAAGGCUCUGGGACUCGGACAUUUGUCAUAGAUAGCGGCUUCCAGAUGGCGAGUACAUGUAACACUUGCUCUGGCACUGGCAGUACUGUCCCUCACAACUCUGAAUGCUCUCAUUGUGGCGGUGUCGGCAAGGUUCGCACAAAAAGUACAGUCCAGGUCGACAUAAUGGCAGGCGUUGAGGAUGGAGUCACGCUACGUCUUCCCCGACGAGGAGAUGCACCAAUAUCUGGGAAAGGGAGUCCAGGCGAUUUGUUGGUGAGGAUUCAUGUGACAGCGUCCAAGGACUUUUCCCGACAAGGCAACAAUCUGUACCACAAAACGCGUAUUCCGAUGCACACGGCGUUGCUUGGUGGAAAGGUUAGAGUGCCAACUCUGGAUGGCGAGGUGGAUGUGCGGUUGCCAGGUGGAACUCAGCAAGACGAAGAAAUGGUGCUCAAGGGUCGCGGUGUCUCUUCCCCUCAUGGAGGAGUCACUGGUGAUCUAUUUGUGUCCUUCUCUGUUCAACUACCAAGGUCGUUGACCAACCGCCAACGCGAACUUCUUCAAAUGUAUGCUGAUGAUGUAGAGGGGCGGCAGCCGGGAGUCAAGAGUGACGAGGGGACGUCCACAAAUGAUAACGAAGUCACCGACACUUCGCAGAACCGGGCCGUUGAAGAAGAGACCAGUCAGAAAUCAAAUGAGAAGCGAAGGGCGACUGCAACAGGAUAG